AAAUAAUCGACAAUAUCGACCAACAACGACAACGGCCACCCCAUACCGCCAAAAUGAGGAUCGUAGAGGUUAUUAUAGACGGUUUCAAAUCGUAUGCUGUACGGACGGUCAUUUCAGGAUGGGACGAGUCUUUCAACUCCAUUACAGGUCUAAACGGAAGUGGAAAAUCCAAUAUUCUGGAUUCAAUAUGUUUUGUCUUGGGUAUUACGAACAUGACGACGGUCCGCGCACAGAAUUUGCAGGAUCUCAUUUACAAGCGCGGGCAAGCCGGGGUAACGAAAGCCAGUGUCACAAUCGUCUUCGAUAACCGCGACAAGAAGAAGUCUCCCAUUGGCUUCGAAGAAUAUGCGCAAAUCAGUGUCACCCGACAGAUUGUACUGGGAGGAACGAGUAAAUAUCUGAUCAAUGGCCACCGGGCCCAGCAACAAACAGUGCAGAACCUCUUCCAGUCUGUCCAACUAAAUAUCAACAACCCCAACUUCUUGAUCAUGCAGGGUCGCAUCACGAAGGUUUUGAACAUGAAGGCGGUCGAGAUUCUGGCCAUGAUCGAGGAGGCUGCCGGUACGCGCAUGUUUGAGGAUCGGAGAGACAAAGCUUUCAAGACUAUGGCGAAGAAGGAAAUGAAGGUUACAGAGAUUACGGAGCUGUUAAAGGAUGAGAUUGAGCCAAAAUUGGAGAAGCUCCGUACAGAGAAGAGAGCUUUCCUCGAUUUCCAACAGACACAGAACGACCUUGAGCGGUUGACGAGAGUAGUGGUAGCACACGACUACGUCAAACAUCAAGAAAAGCUCAAGCAAUCGGCUGGUGACCUCGAGCUCAAGAAACAACGACAAAAGGAUCUGGAAGAGAAUGCGGCGAAGUUGAAGAACGAAAUCGAGUUUCUCGCCGAGGAUGUCAAGAAAGUUAAGGCACAACGUGAGAAGGAGCUCAAGAAGGGGGGCAAAGCACAAGCUCUCGAGGCAGAGGUGAAGCAGCACUCCAAUGAGAUGGUACGAUUGGCUACUGUAACGGAUCUCAAGAAGUCCAGUUUGGCCGAGGAAAAAGAACGAAAGUCAACCAUCCAGAAAAACGUCAAGGAACUCGAGGCUCUACUAAAGCAAAAGACUAAAGUCUAUGAGAAGCUGCAAGCUCAAUACGAUACAGCGAAAGAGGAGUUGGAAAAGCAAAGUCAGGAAGCCGAGAUCAAGGAGGAGCUUCUCCAAACUCUCCAGACUGGUGUUGCAUCGAAAGAAGGACAAGAGAGCGGUUACCAGGGACAGCUCCAGGAUGCGAGGAAUCGUGCUAGUGUAGCAUCGACUGAGCAAGAGCAGGCCAAGCUGAAGACGGCGCAUCUCGAGAAACGUAUCAAAGAAGAGGAGCCUCGGGCCAAGAAAGCCAAGGAACAAAAUGCUGGUCUGCUUAACGAUCUCGAGGGACUCAGGUCACAGGCCCAGAAACUCGAAAAGGAAUUGGGUAGAUUGGGCUUCGAGCCCGGAAAGGAGGAUGAUAUGUACAAGCAAGAGUCAAUAUUGCAGCAAACUAUUCGGAAGCUGCGUGAACAGUCCGAUGGACUGAAGCGGAAGGUCGCCAACAUCGAUUUCAAUUAUGCAGAUCCUACGCCUAAUUUCGACCGCUCGAAGGUCAAGGGCCUGGUUGCUUCUCUUUUCACACUUGACGAAGAACGAACCGAUGCUGGAACUGCUCUUGAGAUCUGUGCUGGAGGUCGGUUGUACAAUGUUGUGGUCGAUACUGAAGUCACUGGUACUCAGCUACUGCAGAAAGGUAAACUACGAAAGCGAGUCACCAUAAUCCCUUUGAACAAGAUCGCGGCAUUCAGAGCCUCUUCUGAGAAGAUUGGCGCCGCGCAAAGGAUUGCUCCAGGGAGGGUCGACCUUGCACUGUCACUUAUCGGUUACGAUGAUGAGGUGUCUACAGCUAUGGACUAUGUCUUUGGCAACACGUUGAUCUGCGCCGAUGCAGCCACGGCCAAGAGAGUUACUUUCGAUCCAGCGGUUCGAAUGAAGAGUAUCACGCUAGAAGGAGACUCAUAUGAUCCAUCUGGAACUCUCUCUGGUGGUAGCUCUCCUAAUUCAAGCGGCGUCCUAGUUACUCUUCAGAAGCUCAACGAGCUGACCAAGGAAUUGGGUAUCCAAGAACGGACACUGGCAGAGCUACACGCUACGAUGGCACGUGAGAAGAAGAAGCUUGAUCAGGUAAAGAAGAUCAAACAGGAACUUGACCUCAAGUCUCACGAAAUCAAGCUUACCGAGGAGCAAAUCGGAGGCAAUUCCUCGUCAUCCAUUAUCCAGGAGGUUGAGAACAUGAAAGCGUCCAUUAUUCAGCUGAAAAUGGAUCUCGUAGAGGCUAAGAAGCGUCAAGACGAGGCAAACAAGGAUAUCAAGCGCAUCGAGAAGGACAUGAAGGACUUCGACAGUAACAAGGAUGGCAAGCUUGUUGAGCUACAAAGUUCUCUCGAUUCUCUCAGGAAGGCUCUCACCAAGAGCUCGGCAUCUGUUAAGGUCUUGCAAAAGGAGCUUCAAGGCGCGAGAUUGGAUUCUGAGCAGGUUGGCGGUGACCUCGCUGCCGCCCAAGAACAACUUCAGGAGGUUGAGGUGACGUUGAAUGGCUAUUCGGAAGAGAUUUCCGCUCUCGUGGCAGAACAAGCUCAAGCCAAGGAUACACACGACAAUGCCCAAGCACAUCUCGAUGACGAACGUGCGAAGCUGACUGGCUUUGAUGAUGAACUUCGCUCCCUUGAGGAAGCUUCUAGAUCCAAAUCGUCUCGGAUCACUGAAGAGGGCCUUGAGAUGCAGAAACUUGGCCACCAAGUUGAAAAGUUCCACAAAGAACAGCAAGCAGCAGUUCAGACAGUCGCUCACAUGGAGAAGGAACAUGAAUGGAUUGCUGAUGAAAAGGACAAUUUUGGCCGAACAGGAACGCCGUAUGACUUUAAAGGUCAGAACAUCGCCGAGUGCAAAGCGACCCUUCGAAACCUCACAGAGCGAUUCCAGGGUAUGAAGAAGAAGAUCAACCCCAAGGUUAUGAACAUGAUUGAUAGUGUGGAGAAAAAAGAAGUCGCCCUCAAGAACAUGAUGAAAACUGUCAUCAGGGACAAGAAGAAGAUUGAGGAGACUAUUGUCACUUUGGACGAGUACAAGAAGAAGGCCCUGCACGAGACUUGGUCCAAAGUCAAUGGUGAUUUCGGACAGAUCUUCGCAGAGCUCCUUCCAGGAAGUUUCGCUAAGCUCGAUCCUCCAGAAGGCAAAACAAUAAAUGAAGGUCUAGAGGUCAAAGUUUCACUAGGCAAAGUCUGGAAACAGAGUUUGACAGAAUUGUCCGGAGGUCAGCGGUCACUGAUUGCCAUCUCGCUCAUCAUGGCGCUGCUGCAAUUCAAGCCGGCGCCGAUGUACAUUUUGGACGAGGUGGAUGCGGCUCUAGAUCUCUCUCAUACACAGAAUAUCGGACGGCUCAUCAAGAAUCGCUUUAAAGGUAGCCAGUUCAUCGUUGUCAGUCUGAAGGAUGGUAUGUUUCAGAAUGCGAAUCGGAUCUUCCGGACUAGGUUCUCGGAAGGCACUUCGGUGGUUCAAGCACUUACCGCGGCGGAUUUCGACAAGUAAUCGUUGUCAUGGACGGCUAGGGAUCGUGGUGGAUGAUGUAUGCGCUGCAUUUUAUCUGAUUACGGAGAUGGAGUCUGGUCUGGUUUGGCAUGGGGUGGGGUGGUCGUUUUCGAAUUUUGGGUAUUGGGGAAUGACAUACCUGGGCAGGCUUAAUGACUGUAUGAACAUGGAGCAAUGAACACUUUGACGACUGUUACGUCGAAGCAGUUACUCGCGAGAAUGAAUGGUCACACGUGAUCCUGGACGUUCAAAGUACCUAGAGCAGAUUUCAAGUCGAGAGGUCGCAAGGGCAGAUCGUCCACACCAAGGAGAGAAGCAUGGCAUUUAGAAAAUCCCCUCUCCCAAAGCGCUGAAAUGCAAUAUCUCAAUACCCAGCAAGCCCAAAGCAAGCAGACUCUCCAGAUCAUUGGCCAAGGAUCCUGUCACGAGCCAAAAUUCGAAGUCAAACCGGCGCUCAAGCUGCUUUGGGUGUGCCACCACCGAUGCGUGAAGGGGGACGGGCUCCAUCUCCGGAGAUUUGGGCGCGAUGGACCGCAUUCUAGAAGAAGUAGCAAUUGGAAGGCAGGUCGGAUUGCAUGCAGAUAGGGGCGGGCGGGCGCAACAUGGAAUUGUGGGAUGUUAAGGUAGUUCUCUCGACGGGUGGCGGGGGGGGGGGGAAUGAUAAGGUCAUUUAAGAUGCACGGAAAACGCAAUUCAAGCGGUAGAUUGGGUGAUGUUUGCUUGGCUUUGGCUUUGGCUUUGGCAUUGGCGUUGUAUGGGUGCUUCUUACCUAGGUACUUGCGCGCUCAACUGUCCUGCCCUCGGCUUUGCUUUUGCUGUGCCGGUCGUAGGUAGCGCUUGUCGCAUUGCCGUAUCGCUUGUCGUAUAGAUAAAUUACUUAAGUAUACUCAUACCGUAGGAAUAUUUGAAAGUCGGGUGCAUCGUAUUUCAUAAACCUGGGGUUUGGACGCAAUCAAGGUAUUGUUAGUGAUCUGGGUGAGUUCGAGCUGUGACAAGUAAAAUGAUGAAUUCGGAAGUGCCUGAGAGGCCGUAAGCUUAGCUAGCUUAAGUGCUUGAUAAAGGUAUCGUAUCGUAUCGUAUCGUAUCCAUGGAUGGCUGUAGCAAGCCAGUUGGUGGCAAUGGGGCCUUUCACCACGAGGAAAGAGGUAUGAAGUAUGAAGUAUGAAGCAUGGAGCAUGGAGCAUGGAGCAUGGUGACCGAGGGUGAGUGGUGAGUGGUGAGUGGUGAGUGGUGACUUAAG